UCGCAGAAACAAGCCCUACUUUUUUUUUCUCUUUUUUGCCACUUGCUUGUUUGGUGUUCCCGCGCACCCAUGUGGUUUUUGCGCACCGGAGCGCACAACCUCUAAAGAGUUGCAGAAACCCCCCCAGGAGCUUCUCGUCUCAUUCUCCCCCAAACUCUGUCCGAGGCAGCGGUCACAUGACGCCAGGUUCGACGGCUUUUCCUGUCAUCUUUCGUGUGGAUUCGCCAUGAACGCCUCAUCCAUCCUGGACGCGACGCAGGGCGCGCUUCUCAACGGGAGCCGGACUCUAGCGGCCACCCUGGCGGGGACCGUGGCCACCUUCUCCGGCAACGGCAGCGAGCUGGCGGUGACGGCGGACGGCAGCGGCGGCUCGCUGGUGCUUCUGCAGGAGGAGCGCAAGCUGCUGGUGAUGCGAGUGGUGCAGAUCGCUGUGCUGUGCGUGCUGUCGCUCACGGUGGUCUUCGGGGUCUUCUUCCUGGGCUGCAACCUGAUGAUCAAAUCCGAGAGCAUGAUCAACUUCUUGGUGAAGGAGCGCCGGUCCUCCAAGGACGUGGAGACCGGCAUGAUCGGGCUCAGCUAGUGGAUCCGAGU